UCCAGCCUGAAAUGACGUCUACACUUACUUUUUACCUAUAUACAUUCUAACAGUAAUACUCAGCAUGAUAUUCGUUUUGAAGUUAAUCUUUUUGUUACUUCUAACACAUGAAGCAAGAGCUGAGGUCUCUUUGAUGAAUGGAGAUGCAAUUAUAAAUGGACUUUUUGAUAUAUAUAAUUCGAAUAAUGGCAGAUGUUCCUCAGACAUCAGUCCAUCCUCUGUUAAAAACUUUGAAGCUAUAAAGUGGACAUUACGGAUGAUCAACAGUAACAAUUAUGUACCUGGAAUUAAAAUUGGAAUUCAAGCCUGGCCGACCUGUGGUCUUGUUUCAGAAGCCAACGAUAAAGCUAUAGAUUUUAUUAAUAAAAUCCAUUCAGACAAAACGGACACCAACUAUCAAUCUCCUCCUGUUAUCGGCAUUAUCGGACCAGAACAUAGUUCGGAAGCCGGAAGCAUAUCAAUACUUCUUAGCUCACAAAGACCAACAGACAGAUUGAUACAGAUCGGUUUCUCUACAACGGCAUCUUCUCUUAGUAACACCAGUAUAUAUCCUAACUUUUACCGUGUAGUUCCAAAUGACAAGAUACAAGUAGAGGUAAUGGUUGCCUUACUUAAGAGGCUAGAAUGGAAUUACAUAGUAGUAAUUUACGAUAUGGACACUUACGGGAAAGAAGGAUAUAAGAGUCUGAAAACUAGAGUCAAAAAUGAAAAUAUCUGUAUAAGGUCAUCAUUUGGUAUUCCAAUUGAUGAAAACGGCGCAGUCACUUCGUCAACAUUGAGAACGUUUCUUGACAAUACAGCUCAGUUAUCAGUGACUGGGGCUGUCGUUUUUUCAACCGCUGUUCAUAUUAAAAUUCUUUUAAAUGCGGCAAGUUUGAGAUUAACUGAAACUAGUGAUCAGAUAUCUUUUCUGUUUUCUGAAGGCAUUGACCUGACAAGAAGUUCCGUGAGAGAUAAUGUAGAUAAUGUGUAUGAACCCGCUAAAGGCGCGUAUGUUACAGCUCCACCGAGGUCGUUCGUAAAUGAAUUUGAAAAUUACUGGAAAAAUAUGUUUAAAAAUAUUUCUCGCCUUGUGGAAGAAUCGGAAACCAACACCUGGCUCAAAAAUGUAUUUUCGUUUUAUUCAGAUAACAAUUGCUUUCCUUCGAAUGACUCUUCUAACCCUGGAUGCGACGAACUUACCCAAUCAGAAAUUGAAAAAAUAGGUGAGAAUAAUUUGUACACCAGCUACGCAAUUGAAUCCGCUUCUCUUCUUGGAAAACUUUUUAAAGAUGUACAUACCAUCAAAUGUUCUGGAUCAGAUGGCUUUUGCGAAAAUAUGAAAUCAGUAAUCUACAAUGAGAAAGGCUUUAUUUUGGACCAAAUUAAAGAUAUUUCGGUUGAUUUAAAGAAAGAAAUGUCCUUUUUACCAGAGGUACUUGAAAAUAAAACGUUGAGCUUUGCAAAUACAGCGGAUGUGAUUGUUGAUACACAGUAUAAUGUUUACAACACCAGGAAAUGCCUAACAGACGAUUCAAAGUUCUGUUUUGUUGAGAUAGGUAAGUACCUCAACAGUAGCUUAAAUUUGGAUACAUCAUUGAUCAGAGACUAUCAUAAAAACAGUAAUGGCAAAAUAUGGCCUAAUAUAAACCGUGCUCAAUGUCUGGCUGGUCAAAAAUGUUCAGCUUGUAUCCUUGAUGAUUUAACCAAGGAAAUACUUUAUCAAGACGGAGAUAUUAUAGUGGCUGGCAUUAUGCCUAUCUACAAUAAAGAUCAUGAAGAUCCACUUAAAUGCAAUGGAAUAAGAACAACACUCAGCGUUGAAAUUGCUGAAGCGAUGGAAUUUGGUGUUUUAGAAGUAAAUAAAAGAAUAGGACAGUUUCAAAGUAUAUUUCCGGGGAAAAAGAUUGGUUUUGCCUUCAUCAAUAGCUGUAAUCAACCAUUAGUAAUUCAGAGUAAAAUUUUAGAAUUACUUCAGAAAGGAGUGCUGCAAAAGGACGGAACUUUUACACCAAUCUCACAAAAACUUGUUGGAUGGAUUGGAGCAUAUGGAAGCAGUAUUAGUUUAGCUGCUUCUCAGAUUUUAUCAAAGUUCGGUUAUCUUCAAAUUGCAUAUGCUUCAACGGCAGCUGUUCUGAGUGAUAGAAACGAACACCCAUACUUCAUGCGCACGUGCACACCUGACGACAAACAAGCUAAAGCAAUGAUUAAAAUAAUCCAGGCACUGAAAUCAGAUUACAUUCAAGUUGUGUAUAGCGAAGGUACUUAUGGGGAAGGGGGAAGAGAUGCAAUAAAAAAGGAGGCGCAGUUAGCAAACAUUUGUGUACGCAAUGAAAUUGCAGUGAAGGAAGGAGAGGUUUACUACCAAAUACUAAAUAAGUUGAGAGUAAAUCCUUCUGCGAAAAUUGUAAUUAUGUUUUUACGCUCUCAUGUAGUUGAUUUGGUGACUACAGCAAUAAAUGAGCAAAUGGACUAUGGAGAAUUCAUGUUUAUUGGGUCAGAAGCAUGGGGUUAUAGACCUGAUCAAUUCCAAGAAAAGAAAAAAUUAGUAGGAAGUAUUACUCUGGCUCUUAGGAUGGCAGAAAACGACAAUUUUACAUCAUAUCUCAGAGACUUAAACGUCUAUACAAGUACUCAUGAUCCAUGGUUAAAGGAAUAUACCGAAAAGAAAUUUAAUUGCUAUUUUCCUACAAGUUUUGAUAAACUAUCUAAUGUCCCUUGCAACGACAAUUUACGACUGACAGAUGUACCGUCAUAUAAACAAGAAAUUUGGACUCCUUUUGCAUUAAAUGCAAUCCUAGUUUUACUGUCAGGCACUAGUGAUGCCUUUAAAGAAUUAUGUGGAUUAGACUCCUCUAGUCUUUGCGACCGAUAUCGACUUAAUCCAAAUACUGUUAGAAAAUGGGUGCUACAACAAACAUUUGAUAUUGCAAAUGACGGAAAUGUGAUCAGAAUGUUUGAUGAAAAUGGAGACGGAAAUGUUGGAUACAGAAUCUAUAAUAUUCAACGAAGUCAAGAAGAUAGUAACGUUUUGUUAUAUGUACAGGUAGGACAAUCACCGUUGGAUGAAGCAAAUUUUAAAUUUGAAACAGAAACGGUGGUAAAACCUGAAGGCAUGGUACUACCGUCAGGGUGUCCGAAUACAAAGGCCUGCAGUGAAUGUUUUCCGAAUGAAGCUAAAGCGCCAAAUGGUGUAGGAAUGAUUAGUGAUGACAGCAACAAAACAGUUACAACAGUAUUAGGAGCAUUUGUCGGUGUUUUAACACUGGUUGUUACAAUUUUGGUGGGAUGCAUUUUUAUGAUGAAACGGAAUCGCUACCCAGAUGAUGGGACAUAUCUAGAUGCCACUGAUCCAUACUUGACACCUUUUGAUAGAAAUCGAGACAGCAGCAACGUAUAUUCGAGGUCAACGGAAUCUCCAAACAAUUCAGCCGAUUCCGGCAUAGCUGUAAUUGAUACCAAUAUAUGACUUAUUGUGAUAUUUGCAACAUUUCUAUAAUGCUGAUUGCUUUUUUAAGUCAAAACUAAAUUUGAUAUAAAAUUACCAUUUCAA